CACUUCAAUUAUCAAUUGCGUGUCGAUGAUAAGAGCUGCUGCUAAGGGCAAUCCUCUCCAACUAUCUCUAUAUUUCAAAGACUUACUUCCGUAUAUUUUAAGCGGUUUGCAAUCACCACUCGCCGCACCUUAUUUAUCAAAACUUUUCACCGAUCUUCGAUGUACAGUUUUUACCCACCAAUUGGAGACUCUAGGCGAACUCAUAGCUUUUGUUACAUUGAGAUUAUUGAAACCUCAAUGCGACAUUGACGCUAAUUGGGAAGCCGAGAAUUUGAAUAAAGCAAUGGUCAGAACAGUAUCAUUGAUUCACGAAAGAACACUAGCGAAAAAUGAAAAUCAGAGUUGUUUUACAGUACCGGCUUUUUGUUACACUUUUGUGUUGUUAAAGUCGAGUCUUUUGUCGAAUUAUGCGAGGAAUCACGACGAGUUGGUGCAUGACGGGUUGCAGAUUAUUUCGGAACAUGCAAGAUUAAGAGCAACGGAACAAAAUGGGUUGAAGGAUCUUUAUGAUCCGCAAUAUUUGCCUAUCAAGCAGAUGUUUGAGUUGCUUGUGGAAAUUAUAAGUAGUUCAGCCGGUCGAGUGCAAUCGCAAGCCGAAGCAUGUCUUCUAGAUGUCGCUAGGUGCGCUAGUGGCGACCCCGGAUGUGCAAAAGCAACAAUGGACGAAAUCGACGUUCUUUUGACCGGUUUGCAAAAUCCUGCUGUUGUAGUAAGAGACGCAGCUUUACGAAGUUUAACAAUAAUUGUCUCUUCACUACCGAACUACGAAAGCGACUACGAUUACGCUAUGAAAAUUAGCAAAAGAAUAUGGAUUGCGAAAUUUGAUGAAAACGAGGAAAACCAAAUUUUAGCCGAAAAAUUAUGGGAAUUGGCAAAAUUAGAAUUUCCUGCUUAUCUCAGCGAAGAAUUAAUGCCUGAUAUUGAACAUCCAGUCGAAUGUGUUCAAGUGGCCGCUUCUCGUGCACUUGCUGCUCUCUUACAAGAUAAUAAAGAACAAGUGCAGGAAACUUUGGAGAAACUUUUGAAAUUGUACAAUCAGAGAUUGCAGAUGAUUCCAGCGAAAUUGGAUGAAUUUGGUCGUGAAUUGGAGAAACCAAUUGAUACUUGGUUCCCGAGACGAGGUGUGGCAUUAGCUUUGGCUCAGUUGGCACCCCUGAUAACUCCAGAUUUGAUUGGUGAUUUGGUUCAAUUUUUCGUCUCGACGUCACUAAGCGAUCGGCAUGAGCAAGUCCGGAAGGAAAUGUUAAAUGCAGCUUUGAAAAUUGUGGACUUGCAUGGAAAGGAAACUGUGAGUACUUUGUGGCCAGUCUUCGACAAUUUCAUGAGCAAAUCGACCAAAUCUGCACAUUUGGACGCCGUCAAGCAAGCUGUGGUAAUCCUCAUGGGUUCCUUGGCUCGUCAUUUAGAUAAAGACGACGAAAGAAUUAAACCAAUAGUUUUGAGACUGAUUCAGGCAUUGUCAACACCGUCACAGACUGUACAAGAAGCAGUCGGUAAUUGUUUACCACCUCUCAUACCAUCCGUCAAAGACGAAGCUCCUGGUUACAUCAACAAGUUGCUCCAUCAACUUCUCAAAGGCGACAAAUACGGCGAACGUAAAGGUGCAGCUUAUGGUUUGGCCGGCAUCGUCAAAGGAAUGGGAAUUCUCGCCUUAAAACAACACGAUAUUAUGACGAAACUCACCGAAGCAAUCCAAGAUAAGAAAAAUUACAAGCAUAGAGAGGGCGCUUUAUUCGCCUUUGAGAUGCUUUUCCACAUGUUGGGCAAACUUUUCGAGCCGUAUAUCAUUCACGUUUUGCCUCAUUUGUUACAAUGUUUCGGAGAUACGAGUCAAUAUGUUCGAGCAGCUGCUGAUGAUACGGCUAAAGUCGUGAUGAGUAAGCUAUCGGGUCAUGGUGUGAAGCUAGUUUUGCCAUCAUUGCUCGAUGCUUUGGAGCAGGACUCGUGGAGGACCAAAACAGGCUCAGUAGAGUUGUUGGGGGCUAUGGCGUAUUGUGCACCAAAGCAGUUGUCGUCUUGUUUGCCGAGUAUCGUACCGAAAUUGAUCGAGGUGUUGAGUGAUUCGCAUAUGAAGGUUCAAGAAGCCGGAGCGGCAGCGUUGAAGGUCAUUGGGUCGGUUAUACGCAAUCCAGAGAUUCAAGCCAUCGUCCCCGUGUUACUCAAAGCUCUUCAAGACCCCUCGAACAAGACCUCCGUGUGUCUCCAAACACUUCUCGACACCCAAUUCGUCCACUUCAUCGACGCCCCAUCUUUAGCUCUCAUCAUGCCAGUGGUCCAAAGAGCCUUCAUGGAUCGCUCCACCGAAACGCGCAAAAUGGCCGCACAAAUCAUCGGAAAUAUGUACUCGCUCACCGACCAGAAAGACCUCCUCCCUUACCUCCCGACGAUUAUUCCGGGCCUGAAAACCUCUCUCCUGGAUCCGGUACCGGAAGUUAGGAGUGUUAGUGCUCGAGCUCUGGGCGCUAUGGUCCGGGGAAUGGGCGAAUCGAGUUUCGAGGAUCUCCUUCCGUGGUUGAUGCAGACGCUGACUUCUGAAAGCAGUUCUGUGGAUAGAUCCGGAGCCGCUCAGGGGCUUUCAGAGGUUGUUGGCGGGUUGGGAGUCGAGAAGUUGCAUAAAUUGAUGCCGGAGAUUAUCGCGACGGCGGAGAGGACGGAUAUCGCGCCUCAUGUCAAGGAUGGAUAUAUCAUGAUGUUUAUUUAUAUGCCAGUGGUGUUUACCAAUGAUUUUACGGUGUAUAUUGGACAGAUUAUUAAUCCGAUUUUGAAAGCGUUGGCUGAUGAAAAUGAAUAUGUGAGAGAUACGGCGUUGAAGGCAGGACAGAGGAUUGUGACAUUGUAUGCAGAUUCGGCCAUUUUGUUGCUUCUGCCAGAGUUGGAAAAGGGAUUGUUUGAUGAAAAUUGGAGGAUUCGAUACAGUUCGGUCCAACUUCUCGGCGACCUACUUUACCGAAUUUCCGGCGUGACCGGUAAAAUGAGCACGGAAACGGCCAGCGAAGAUGACAAUUUCGGUACUGAACAAUCCCAUCAUGCCAUAAUCAGAGCUUUGGGUGCUGAACGUCGUAAUCGUGUUUUGGCUGGUCUCUACAUGGGUCGUUCCGAUGUCGCACUCAUGGUAAGACAGGCGGCUUUGCAUGUCUGGAAGGUCGUCGUGACAAACACUCCCCGAACACUGAGAGAAAUUCUACCAACUCUAUUCGGUUUGUUGCUCGGUUGUCUUGCCAGCGAUAGCUAUGAUAAAAGACAAGUUGCUGCAAGGACACUUGGUGAUCUUGUCCGGAAGUUGGGCGAGAGAGUGUUACCGGAAAUUAUUCCGAUUCUGGAAAGGGGUCUCCAAUCGGAUCAGCCCGAUCAGAGACAAGGAGUGUGUAUAGGAUUGUCGGAAAUCAUGGCUUCGACUUCCAGAGAGAUGGUUUUGACUUUUGUUAAUUCGUUGGUACCGACGGUGAGGAAAGCAUUGUGUGAUCCACUACCCGAAGUGAGGCAAGCAGCAGCGAAGACUUUUGAUAGUUUGCAUUCGACUGUUGGAGCGAGGGCUUUGGAUGAUAUCUUACCAACAAUGCUUAAUCAAUUGAACGAUUCUGAUCCCGACGUUGUGGAAUGGACAUUAGACGGUCUUCGCCAAGUCAUGGCGAUCAAAUCUCGCGUCGUUCUCCCCUAUCUAGUACCCCAAUUAACAGCCCCUCCCACCAACACAAAAGCCCUCUCAAUCCUGGCAUCCGUGGCCGGCGAAGCCCUUAACAAAUACCUCCCUCGCAUUCUACCAGCUUUACAAACAGCUUUGGCCACAUCUCGCGGAACGCCAGAAGAGGCCCAACAGUUGGAAUACUGCCAAGCAGUCGUCUUAUCAGUCAGUGACGAAGUCGGCAUACGAACCGUAAUCGACACAAUGCUUGAAAACACACGAAACGAGAACGCCGAUCAGAGAAGAGCCGCCGCGACGCUUCUUUGCGGUUUUUGUGCCAAUUCCAAGGCACAAUACACAUCGCAUGUGCCUCAACUCUUGCGAGGAUUGAUACAUCUGUGUACGGAUAGCGAUAAGGAUGUGUUGCAAAUGUCAUGGGAGGCGUUGAAUGCCGUCACAAAGACGUUGGAUCCGAAGUUGCAGGCGACUUAUGUGUCCGAUGUUAGACAAGCAGUGAGAUAUGCCAUGUCGGAUAUGAAGGGGGCACAGCUGUUGCCUGGGUUCUGUUUACCGAAAGGAAUCGCACCGAUUUUGCCCAUCUUCCGUGAGGCGAUCCUCAACGGCGACGGCGACGAAAAAGAGACCGCAGCUCAAGGGUUAGGCGAAGUGAUCAAAGUGACAAGCGCACAAGCCCUCCAAACUAGUGUUGUCGCCAUAACCGGUCCUCUGAUUCGUAUACUCGGCGAUCGUUUCAGUGCCAACGUCAAAACUGCCGUUCUUGAAACUUUGGCGAUAUUAUUAGCCAAAGUUGGAGUCAUGUUAAAACAGUUCCUACCACAACUCCAAACAACUUUCGUCAAAGCAUUAAAUGACCCGAAUCGAGUCGUUAGACUGAAAUCUGCGACAGCUUUGAGUUAUCUAAUCGUCAUCCACCAGAGGGCCGAUCCACUCUUUAUGGAAAUGCACAAUACGAUUAAACAAACUGACGAUUCGGCGAUUAGAGAAACAACUUUGCAUGCGUUAAGAGGAAUUAUUACGCCAGCUGGUGAUAAAAUGUCCGACACAGUGAAAAAACAGAUUCAUGCGACUUUAUUAGCACUGUUGGGUCAUCAGGAAGAUGUGAGUCGAAAUUGUGCCGCUGGAUGUUUGGGCGCCAUCUGUCGGUGGUUGACACCGGAACAAUUAGAGGUCACACUUACCGAAAAUCUACUAUGUGAGGAUACACAAGCGGAUUGGAUGUUGCGUCAUGGUAGAGCUGCAGCGUUGUCGGUUGCUUUGAAAGAGUUUCCGGCAUGUAUAUGGCAAGAACAGUACAAAACAAGACUGAUUCAAACGAUUUUGACACAAUUGGCGGCUGAUAGAGUCGUUAUUACACAGACUGCUGUUCGUUCUUGCGGCUAUUUGUUGCAAUAUUUGAUGCUGAAUGGUGAAGCACUACCGACGAAUUUGUUAGGACCUUUUGUGAGGACAAUGAACAAUAAUAAUAACGACGUGAAACAACUCUUGGCUCGAGUUUGCAUACAUUUGGCUAAAACCGUACCCCAGGAGAAGAUGUCUUCAGACUUGUUGAAGCUGCUUUUACCAACUUUAGUUAACGGAACGAAAGAGAAGAACGGUUAUGUUAAGGCAAAUUCAGAACUUGCGUUGAUUGCAGUUUUGAGGCUGAAAGAUGGCGAUGCUAUGCAACAGCGUUGUCUCAGCAUUCUAGACGUUGGAGCGCGUGAAUCCCUCGCUGACGUCGUCAGUAAAGUGUUGAAGAAAAUCAUGUCGCAGACCGAAGGAAAGGAAGAAGAACUCGAUGAUACUCUACUAACUUGAUCAUUAGGGUCACGCAACGGAGCAAACACAUUGGUUUGUUGUAUCCCUGCGUUUUUGAUGAUUUCAGGUGUUUGUGCUUUUUCCUUCAUUUUGUUCCCUUUAAGUUUUAAUAUAUACGAUUUUGUAAAUUUUGUUCUAAAUACAAUAAAUACAAAUAAAUUGAGAAAA